UCCGGCAACUUCCACGUUCCAUAACCCCAUUUUCUCCCCGAUGGCUGGAGGGGCUUUUCCCCCGGUUAGGGGGAACCACUCUGGCAAUAUCAGUGGAGUCAUGGACCAAAGGAAUCUCGGGAGAAGCAAAGAAGCUCACCUACAAAGUCCGAGUGCAGGGGGGCAAGCAAGGCGUAUGGACUGCCAGGAGGAGGAGGCGAAGGAUGGACCAGGAACAUCUACGACACCAACGAAGCUCAGACAAAGACUAAGCGAAGACAUAAAGGAACUGAAGAUCCAAGACGGCGCAGACGACUACAACACGGAAACGUCGGAAGCGACUUCACAACAAGACAGAUCAGAAGGUGGAAGAAAGCAACACAGGGGUACAAAAGCAUCUAUGAAGAGGGAUCGAAGGCAGCUGACAAAGAAUGACGAGCAAACCUGGAUGAAGCAUCUGCCUCCCCUCCUCUUCAUGGCGGCUCAAUUAGGCACCUUUGUCUUGGCGUGGACGAUCUCCCCCGAUGUAACCAUCUUACCAUCGUUGGAAAUCCCAGGCCCUCCUAUGCCCCUGGAAAUAAUCAACCUCAAUCGUCGUAUCUUCGGACGAGACAUAGCGGUAGCCUCGGGCGCUCCGCUCCCGCACCACACAGCACGGCUUUAUGGACGGAAGUACUUUCACUUUGUGCUGCAAUUGUCAAGUCGUGCAAGUUCCAAAAUGCCCUCUGCAUAUGGACGUAUAAACCCUUCUUUGAAGUCGCUUCCAGAGCAAUUGACUCGUCAUUGCCCCAGCCAGGAUCACAAGACCAAGUCCGCCAGCAGGACAAGGGGUCGCUUCCAUAAGGGAGAAGGAGAACAGCACGGGUGCGAAGAAGAUGGUGGCACAGCCAACCAAGCUGGUCCUCAUUUUGCUUCUCGUCCUCUGCGCGCUUUCUACUACCAUGAUCGCCAAUGUCCAGGCAGAGACUAUAACAGUCACCCGACGCUAUAAAAGCGUCAACGAGUGCACGGGCCUUUGCGGCACCUACUGCAAAGAUUACCUGAAGAAGAGUGUCCGCUGCACCCGCAAUUCGAAGUGGAAGUGCCAGGGCACUCGGACCUGCACGUGCACUCUAUGCUAUAGUCGUCGAUAUAAAUUAAUUUCCUGCCCGUUUCCGGAGUGCUGAAACAACAGAGGGGACAACCUAUAGCAUGUCUGCAGCAUGGGGAUGGGGAUAGCCCUGGAUUGUCCCCCCUCCGACACUGAAAAAGACUGGCAGUCCGUAGCAAUCCAUGCUGACAGCACCCUUCCGGUAGUCUGGGUGAUAGCGGUGGGUUGCACUGAGACAGAUAAUUUUUGGGCGUUGCUAACCUCGAUGGUAUGAAGACAUGCAGUGGCUUGGCAUGCUAUUGAAUUUCCCGUUCACUAGACCAACCCCAGCUGCCGGUGAAAAAAUCCGGCUCAUAAAUCAAUAGAUCGUUAUUAUUAUAACUGGUUGUGUUGUGCUAGCCUAGAUAUUUGUGGGACAGUUGGCGGCCCGGGAGUAUUGCGUCGAAGCGAAGCUGGAUAACGAGUCCAGUACUGUAUUUUUCUUCCGUCCGGCGCGCACUGGAAGGUCCCCAUGAAAAGGGAGUCGAGUCCUUUUGCAAUAGGACACGAAGGUUGACAUCGUUUUUAUCAAGAAUUUAAAACAGAGGUGA